AUGGCUGAAGGUAUAUCCGAGUUGGUUAAUUCCUCUCGGCUGGUGACAGAAUUUUACCUCCCGAAUUUUGUUGUCCACCAUCUUGAAACUGUUAAUGAAAUCUGGGAUCUGAGAGAAGAAAUUGGCUAUGGAGGAUCUGGCGUGGUGCGAAAAGAGGAGCGUCGAGUUCACUCCAGUGGAGAGAAAUAUCAUGGUCCAAUGGUACGAGCCGUGAAACAGAUGAGAAAGGUUCCUCAAAACCCAGACCAAGGACAGUGGAAUUAUAGAGCCGAGUUGGAAGCAGUGGUGAAGUUCUCACAGCCAGAGGUAUGCAAGCACCGUGACCCUUUCUUUGUGCGCACCUUUGGGUGGUUCGAAAACCAAGAAUCUGUGUUUCUGGCCAUGGAAUAUCUUCCAUCGAGUGACCUAGAGAGAUUCAGAAGGUCUUCGCCUCCACUUUCCGAAUUUGACACGAGCCUGAUCGUGUGGCAGCUGAUUCAAGGUGUGCGACACAUGCACGAUGCUGGGUUUGCGCAUCGAGACUUGAAGCCAGGGAAUAUACUCAUUGCCUCAACAUCCCCGAUGUGGCACGUCAAAAUCGCCGACUUUGGAAUCAGCAAGCAAGCUAUGCAGGGUGUAACACGCUUUCACACCAUGCGAAUCUUCGGGACCUUGGGAUAUAUGGCACCCGAGGUAUUGGGUUACUAUGCCAACAACACCGGAACCAACAAUACCACGAUUGCAUACACUAUGUCGGUCGAUAUUUGGGCCGUUGGUGUAAUUGCAAUGACCUUGCUGCUUGGGCGCGAUAUCUUUCCUUUGCCGGGCGAUUACGCCAAAUAUGUCUUUGGACAACGGGCUCUCGACUUUGCCCGUGGUCAAGGUGAGGUUUUGACAGACGAUUGCCAGGACUUCAUCGCGGCCCUUCUUGCAGCGGAUCCAAUACUUCGACCGACUGCUGCUGCUGCCCUCGCCCACCCUUGGUUAAUGCAGGCCACCGAAGCAACUGAACCUUCUCCAGUAAGAGAGAUCCCGGACUCGGAAGCAGACUCAGACGAGGACUCCGCUCCAUCUGAUUCACUACAGCCUUCCACAAAGAAUCCGUGGGCGACAAUCGGCAGUAGAACUUGGCCGAGCAAAGGAUCGAAGACAUACAGCGACGCGCUCCUGACAAAGUUCAAGUACCUCUGGCUUGAUAUUAUUCUUCUAUCUCCCAAGUUCCAUACUAUUGAGUUCGAGAAGACUCGGUUUUAUGUUCUACGCUCCGAUAACGCCACAGAUAUUGAGACAAGCGCUGCUCAGAGCGUGUGGACUUCUAGUCAGCGUGUCAACAAGAUCCUUGACAAAGGAUACCGGACAUCCGAAGGCCAUGUGGUUCUAUUCUUCUCCGUGAUUGGUAGUCGGCGAUUCUGUGGAGUAGCACAGAUGACCAGCGCACUGGAUUGGGAGAAUACUGACCCCCAUUGGGUUGAGGAUGUCUGGCAGGGACGGUUCACCUUGACCUGGCUCAGUCAUACAGAGCUCUCAUUUGACCUUGUCAACCAUGUCCCGGUAAAGGAGACCACACCGGGUUUCAGAGCUAUCGCUUGUUACGAUGGCACUGAGAUCUCACCUGGAUCCGCAUAUGAAUUAUUGAGAGUUUUUUCGGCGGCGGAAAGACGGUGA